AUGGAAAGAGAAAAGGAAAAUGAAUCCAAUGGUUCAGCUGUUCAAGUAGGUGGAGCUCCCAUCUAUGGCGGAAAAUUCACUCAGUAUAACGUCCUCGGCAACCUCUUUGAAGUCCCUUCCAAGUAUAUACCUCCAAUCAAUCCCAUUGGCCGCGGCGCCUAUGGUCUCGUUUGCGCCGUCACCGAUGCCGAGACGAAGGAAGAAGUGGCGAUUAAGAGAAUUGCCAAUGCUUUUGACAACAGGAUAGAUGCGAAAAGGACAUUACGUGAAAUCAAGCUGCUUACCCAUAUGGAUCACGAAAAUGUUAUUAAAAUUAAGGAUAUUAUACGCCCACCUGAUAGAGCUGAUUUUAGUGAUGUCUACAUCGCGUAUGAGUUGAUGGAUACCGAUUUGCACCAGAUCAUAUGUUCGUCGCAGGAACUUACUGAGGACCACUGCCAAUACUUCCUAUAUCAGCUACUAAGGGGACUAAAAUACAUACAUUCUGCCUGUGUUCUGCACCGAGAUCUAAAGCCCAGUAAUUUACUUCUGAAUGCUAAUUGUGAUCUGAAGAUUUGUGACUUUGGACUUGCAAGAACCAACUCGGAGAUAGAUUAUAUGACUGAGUAUGUCGUAACUCGAUGGUAUCGAGCUCCUGAGUUAUUGCUCAACUGUUCAGAGUAUACUGCUGCAAUUGAUAUGUGGUCAGUUGGUUGUAUAUUGAUGGAAAUACUUAAAAGAGAGCCUCUUUUCCCUGGUAAAGACUAUGUUCAACAAUUGGGGCUAAUAAAUGAGCUAUUGGGCUCUCCUGAAGAUUCUGAUCUGGGGUUUUUAAGAAGUGAAAAUGCCCGGAAGUAUGUAAAGCAGCUUCCUCACGUACCCAAACUGCCCUUUUCUCAAAAGUUCCCAGAAUUAUCUUCUCUUGCAGUUGAUCUUGCUGAGAGAAUGCUUGUCUUUGACCCGGCCAAACGUAUUACUGUUGAGGAAGCACUGAAUCAUCCGUUUUUGUUGAGCCUCCACGAAAUCAAUGAGGAGCCCACUUGUCCAUCUCCGUUUGUGUUUGAUUUUGAACAGUCAUCAUUAAGUGAAGAGGACAUAAAGGAGCUAAUAUGGAAGGAGUCUCUCAACUACAACCCUGAAUAG